AUGAAGUAUCCACCCCCAAUGGAACUAGGAAUGAUAACAAGUCAGGAAAAUUAUAUAAAUGAUAAACCAUUAGAAAAAUCAAAACCGUAUCGGGAAGCAAUAGGAAGUUUACUAUAUUUAGCAAUAAUUUCACGUCCUGAUAUUAGUUUUGCAGUGAAUUAUUUAAGCAGAUAUAACAGCAAGCCGAUGAAAACCCAUUGGAAAAUGAUUAAACGAAUUUUUGCCUAUUUAAAAGGCACAAUAAAAUUUAGAAUUUCUUUUAAUGGAAGUAGUCAACUUAUUGCCUACACAGAUUCCGAUUAUGGAGGAGAUGUAAAUACGGGACACUCAACUAGUGGAGUACUUAUUAUGCGUGGAGGUCCUAUUGUAUGGUAUUCUCAAAAACAACGUCUUGUAGCUACAUCGACUGCAGAGGCUGAAUACAGAGCUGCCGUUUCUUCAAUUGAUGAUGUCUGUUGGUUACGUCGAAUUGGUAAAGAAUUGAAUAUUUUAGAAAUUGAAGAACCUACUACAUUAUUUAUCGACAAUCAGUCUGCAAUACACAUGUUGAAAAAUAUGUCAGAUGGAAAAAUAACAAAAGGAAAGAAACAUAUAGAUAUAUCAAGAAAAUUUAUUCAAGAACACAUUGAAAAAACAGUAAAAUUGAAACAUGUUAAAAGUUCGGAUCAAUUAGCUGAUAUUCUUACCAAACCACUUGCAAGAAAAAUUUUCCAGAAUCUACGAUCAAAAAUAAUUAUGGAGGAGUGUUGA